UAUCUACGUUUCGCAAUCGAUCAGUUACAACUGCGCGUUGAAACAAUAUUAUUAUCGCUUGUAACUAAAAAGUAAUUUGAAAUAAAUUUACGGCGGCAAUAUUCUAGAAAAAUUCAACAGCUGCCACAGGCAAUUUCACUUUCCCCGAAAUAAAGAUGAAAAAAAAACGUGCGAAGUUUCUCUCGUACACCGUCGAGUAUCGGCCGCGAAGAAUAACCUCCCGAGCGGUUCACGAGUGCGUGAAGUGCGGCGCCUGUUUCUGCCACACGAGGAAGCUGGUUGAACACCUGAAGAAUCUGCACGGCAUCGACAGAGCGUUCAGCUGCGACGAAUGCGGCAAGACGUUCCGAAGUCCCAUGAACAUAGCGCGGCACAAGCUGAUUCACACCGGCUCGAAGAGAUUCGCCUGCGACUUGUGCGACUACAGAUCGAACCAGAAGUCGAAUCUCGAGAGCCACCGUCGACGGCACACCAAGGACUACUCGUUCAGAUGCGAACGCUGCGGCAAGGGCUUCGUCCUCAGAACCGAAUACCUGGAGCACGUGAACACCCACACGAGAAAGCAGCUCUAUCGGUGCGAUCAUUGCAACAAGUCCUAUCCUUACAAGAAGAACCUGACUAAUCACCUGAGGACGCAGCACGCUGGCGUUCUGCCACCGGAAGUGAGAAACGACGGGCAGAGGCACAGGCACGCGUGCACGAUCUGCCUGGAAGGUUUCCAGCGGAAAUCGUUUCUCGAGAGACACUUGAAACAACGGCACGGACUGUCGAACGAAAGUGCGAGACACCUGUGCGAUCUGUGCGGAGCGGUUUUAUCGUCGAAGCGGCGGCUGAUGGUGCACAGACGGGGCCACGCAAACGAGAAGAUCGUCAAGUGCGAUUUAUGCGACAAACAGUUCGCCAGCGUGGAGAACCUCAGCGUUCAUCGGCGUGUGCACACCGGGGAGAAACCGUACGGUUGUUCGCAGUGCGGACGAAGGUUCACGCAGAGAACGUCAUUGACUCUGCAUCUUAGCCACUGGGGCAACGUUCGCGACGAGUUCAGCAGCUGCGAAGAUUUCAGAAUCAAGAGCGAGGACAUUCUUCUCGAUCCUGGACAAAAAUUCGAGGGGAACGAAAAGGUCUGCGACCUUUGUCAGGAGAAGUUUCACUUCGUGACCAGAUUGGUGGCACAUCUGAGGAUCGUUCACGGUAUCCACAGGCCCUUCAAGUGUGUCACGUGCGGGAAGACUUAUCCGCAGCAGUUCAUGUUAAAUGCCCACGUGAAAAAAUCGCACACACCGAAAACGAUGCCCUGUGGACAAUGCAGUUUCAUGGGUGUGAACGCCAUCGACGUGGAGAGGCACGCGAAACGACACCAUCGAGACGUGAAGUUCACCUGUGAGAUCUGCAGCGAGAACUUCGUGGACAAGGAUUCCUUGAUGACUCACACGACCAUGCACAACUUUAUGCAGUUUCAUCAGUGCAACGCUUGCGGCACUACGUUCGACGACGUGUACAGCCUGAAGGAGCACAACCGUUUGUACCACUACGAUCCGGCGACGUUGAUCCAAGAGAAGCUGGAGACGGAGGCGCCGCAGCAGGACACCGCGACGGAGCACAAGUGCGACGUCUGUGGCAAGGCUUACAAGUACAAGUCGGUGUUGAAGCAGCACAAAGUGAAAGCCCACGGCGACGUGCCGAGCUACGAGAGGCGUCGUUAUCUGUGCGCUCUCUGUGGCAAAGAGCUGAAAACCGCGAAAGGCCUGGAAAUUCACAAUCGGUCGCACACAGGCGAAAAACCGUACACCUGCGAGGUGUGCGGCAAGUGUUUCGCCUGCGAAACGCUGCUCAGGACUCAUAACGUCACUCACACUGGCGAGAGGAAGUACUCCUGCGACCAAUGCGGCAAAGCUUUCACGCAGAGGUCCACGUUGGUUGUUCACAAGCGUUAUCACACCGGCGAACGACCGUACGUUUGCCCCCGGUGUGGAAAAGGCUUCGUCACCAGGACUGUUUUGAACACCCAUAUGAAAUCCUGUCGUUAAGAGAAUAAAUCCUGACGAGAAUGUAUGAGAAACGGGUAGUGUUUGAAACAGGUAUAGGGCCUUUCUGUUGAAGGGACGUGGUGCUCCAAGUAAGACUGGGACUAUUUGCGAAACUUUAUAGCAGCAGGAUAUAAUUUUAAUUCGUACGUGUACCAGGAAUGAUAUUUCUCUUUCGUUUAAAUAUUUACAAGCUAUUUGAGAUUGCAAUUAUUCCUGUGGCUUGAAUUUUGGGAAUAUCUCUCCAGAUCACUUGUCAGAUACAAAAUAGAAGAUAGAUUUAUGAAGAAAAUUCUAUGACUUUUGUGAAGAGAAUUUCAUAGAUUUUUUUCCAACGAAUUUUCUCUUCGUAAAAAUUGUGAAAUUUUCUUCAUAAAUCUGUGAAAACAUUUUAAACAACGAUGACAGUAUAUUGUAUGUAUGUAUCAUACGUACUUCCAUAUUUGACAUUUGAAUAUUUCAAAUUAAUUUCCAAUAGUUCCAGUUCUUUGAAAUAUCUAUACGCAAAUGGGGAUUCCGGUAUUGAUUAAACCGAGAGGAAAGAAAAAAAAAACUCAUGUUCUAUAAAAGUCACAGUUCAGAAUAACUUGUACAAAAUAAGAAUCAACGCGUGACAAUAAAUAUAAUAAAAGAGUCCAAUGUGA